CCGUCUACUCAACCGACCACAGGACCAAACCCUAACCCUCCCAGCAUGGCGACACCUCUCACCGACCAAGAGAAGCGCAAGCAGAUAAGCAUCAGGGGGAUUGCAGGAGUGGAGAACGUUGCAGAGCUGAAGAAGGGCUUCAAUCGACACCUGCACUUCACUCUGGUGAAAGACAGGAACAUCGCAACUCCCAGGGAUUAUUACUUCGCCCUGGCCCACACUGUGAGAGAUCACCUGGUGGGGAGAUGGAUCAGAACACAGCAGUUUUACUAUGAGGCAGACCCAAAGAGGGUGUAUUAUCUGUCUCUGGAGUUCUACAUGGGCAGGACGCUGCAGAACACCAUGAUCAACCUGGGGCUGCAGAACGCCUGCGACGAGGCCAUCUACCAGCUCGGCCUGGACAUGGAGGAGCUGGAGGAGAUGGAGGAGGAUGCUGGUCUGGGGAACGGAGGUCUGGGCAGACUGGCAGCGUGUUUCCUGGACUCCAUGGCCACCUUGGGUCUGGCGGCCUACGGUUACGGCAUUCGAUAUGAAUAUGGGAUCUUUAACCAGAAGAUAAGAGACGGCUGGCAGGUGGAGGAGGCAGAUGAUUGGCUGAGACAUGGAAACCCCUGGGAGAAAGCACGGCCUGAGUACAUGCUGCCAGUUCACUUCUACGGACGGGUGGAGGAGACGAGAGACGGCUCCAAAUGGGUCAACACCCAGGUGGUGCUGGCGAUGCCUUACGACACACCCAUCCCCGGCUACAUGAACAACACUGUAAACACCAUGAGGCUUUGGUCUGCGCGCGCGCCCAACGACUUUAACUUGAGAGACUUUAAUGUUGGAGAUUAUAUUCAGGCCGUGCUGGACAGGAAUCUGGCAGAGAACAUCUCCCGUGUGCUUUACCCCAAUGACAAUUUCUUUGAGGGAAAAGAACUUCGUCUGAAGCAGGAGUAUUUUGUGGUGGCAGCCACGCUCCAAGACAUCAUCCGCCGCUUCAAGACCACGAAGAAGGGCACAGGUGGUCGCACCUCCUUCGAGAGUUUCCCAGACAAAGUCGCCAUCCAACUGAACGACACUCAUCCAGCCAUGGCCAUCCCCGAGCUGAUGAGAAUCUUCGUGGACAUUGAGAAACUCGACUGGGACACGGCCUGGGACCUCACCAGGCACACCUUCGCCUACACCAACCACACGGUCCUCCCCGAGGCUCUGGAGCGCUGGCCUGUGGAGCUGCUGGAGACGCUGCUGCCCAGACACCUGCAGAUCAUCUACCAGAUCAACCAGGUCCACCUCAAUAGGAUCGCCGCUCUCUUUCCAGAAGACGUCGACAAACUGAGGAAGAUGUCUCUGAUCGAAGAGGACGGAUGCAAGAGGGUGAACAUGGCUCACCUGUGCAUCGUGGGCUCUCACGCUGUCAACGGCGUUGCAGAGAUACACUCCAACAUCAUCAAGACUGACGUAUUUAAAGACUUCAGUGAACUGGAACCAGAGAAGUUUCAGAACAAAACCAACGGCAUCACUCCCAGACGCUGGCUGCUGCUCUGCAACCCCGGACUGGCCGAGCUUAUCGCUGAGGUCAUCGGGGAGGAUUAUGUGAAGGACCUCAGCCAGCUUCAGAUGCUGAAUGACUUUGUUGACGACGCCGCCUUCAUCCGGGACGUGUCUAAAGUCAAGCAGGACAACAAGGUGAAAUUCGCUCAGUACCUGGAGAAAGAGUACAGGGUGAAAAUCAACCCGUCCUCCAUGUUCGACGUCCACGUGAAGAGAAUCCACGAGUACAAGCGGCAGCUCCUCAACUGCCUGCACAUCAUCACCAUGUACAACCGCAUCAGAAAAAACCCCAAUGCACCUUUUGUACCACGAACGGUGAUCAUCGGCGGAAAGGCUGCUCCGGGGUAUCACAUGGCAAAAAUGAUCAUCAAGCUCAUCACCUCAGUGGCUGAUGUGGUGAACAACGACCCCGUGGUGGGAAACAAGCUGAAGGUCAUCUACCUGGAGAACUACAGGGUGUCUCUGGCAGAGAAAGUCAUACCUGCCACAGAUCUGUCAGAGCAGAUCUCCACUGCCGGCACCGAGGCCUCAGGAACAGGAAACAUGAAGUUCAUGCUGAACGGAGCUCUGACCAUCGGCACCAUGGACGGCGCCAACGUGGAGAUGGCCGAGGAGGCCGGAGAGGAGAACCUGUUCAUCUUCGGCAUGAGGGUGGGGGAAGUGGCCGAAAUGGACAAAAAGGGAUAUGAUGCCAUGUCGUACUACAAGAAGAUUCCCGAGCUGAAACAAGUGAUGGACCAGAUCACGAGCGGCUUUUUCAGCCCCAAAAAUCCAGAUCUCUUCAAAGACCUCACUAACAUGCUCUUCAAACAUGACCGUUUCAAAGUGUUUGCAGACUUUGAAGACUACAUAAAAUGUCAAGAGAAAGUCAGCCAGCUCUAUCAGAAUCCAAAGGAGUGGACGAAGAUGGUGAUCAAGAACAUCGCAGCCACAGGAAAGUUCUCCAGCGACAGAACCAUCACAGAGUACGCGACGGAGGUGUGGGGCGUCGAGCCGACCGACCUGAAGAUACCGCCGCCAAAUGAGCCGAGAGAGGCCAUCGAGGAAACGGCCAGAGCUCUGAAGAAAAUGUGAGGCUGUUUCACAACCAAACACUUGCCUUUAUGUUUACAAUGUGUUAACUGUUCCUCUGUGCCUUUAACCUUCAAGUCACACUUCACUGAACUUUUCAAGAACUUUUAGUGUUUCAGAAAUCACAUCUAUUUUUUUUUUUCAUUGUCAAAGCACUUGCAUUGAAACUUGUCUGUUACAGUCCUUCAGCCCCAGCUCAUACCGAAAAUGUGGAGUCGCUGUGGAGAGAAAGGUCAAAUAUUUGCAAAUGAUUUGCUCAUAUUUAACAUUCCUGGUGUACAGGAUGGGCGGGGGUUUCUGCAUUUCGGGAAUUCAGUAGGAUGUCAGUCACAGAGCAGCUGACUAAACUGAAUUUCUAAUUACAUUCCUGCAUGUUUAUGCUGUAAAGCCCAUACUCCAGACAGUAUCAGUAUAACUUGAUUAAGGAAGGAUGCAAACCUACUUCAUUUGUCAUCCACAGUAUUUCAUCCCAGUGUUGAAAUAAAAAAAGACUCUCUGUGUUA